UACAGUAGUACAGAUUAGUUUUAAUUAUUUGAAAACCUCCAUUAAUAAAUCAGUAUACUAGUUAAUGUUUAUAUAAAGUGUCAAAGGAAAUAGACGGUGGACGGCCAAACGAAAUCAGAGAUAUAUCAGACCAACUACACUACACUCUACACUGUUUUUGCUUCCUCUUUAAACUUUUUUUUUUUUUUGAAAGAAUCAAUUCCCUCUCAAACAUCUUUUCCUCAAAAAAUGGGAACCAUCUGGGUUCUCUCCAAGAUCGUUACCUUCUUCCUAACAGCAAUGCUAAUUGGAUCCUCCAUAAUCCAGUGCAGCGUAACCUACGACAAAAAGGCCAUAGUCGUCAAUGGCCACCGUAGAAUCCUCCUCUCCGGCUCCAUUCACUACCCAAGAAGCACCCCUGAGAUGUGGGAAGAUCUUAUAAAGAAGGCUAAAGAUGGAGGCUUGGAUGUUAUUGACACUUAUGUUUUCUGGAAUGGCCAUGAACCUUCUCCUGGCAUUUACAAUUUCGAAGGAAGAUACGAUUUGGUACGAUUCAUAAAGACUGUACAAGAAGUGGGGCUUUAUGUUCAUCUCAGAAUUGGUCCUUACGUUUGUGCAGAAUGGAAUUUUGGAGGGUUUCCUGUUUGGUUGAAGUAUGUACCUGGGAUUAGCUUCAGAACAGAUAAUGGACCCUUCAAGGAUGCGAUGCAAGGCUUCACUCAUAAGAUUGUUCAGAUGAUGAAAGAUCAUCAAUUCUUCGCAUCACAAGGUGGACCUAUCAUCUUAUCUCAGAUUGAGAAUGAGUUCGGUCCAAUUCUAAAAGGGUCGUCUGAUCACUCAUAUGUUAACUGGGCUGCAAAAAUGGCGGUUGGUUUAAACACUGGAGUCCCAUGGGUGAUGUGCAAGGAAGAUGAUGCACCUGAUCCAAUUAUAAACACUUGCAACGGAUUCUACUGUGAUUACUUUACUCCAAACAAACCAUAUAAGCCAACGAUGUGGACAGAAGCAUGGACUGGCUGGUUCACAUUGUUUGGUGGAACCAUUCGAAAACGACCUGUAGAGGAUCUAGCAUUUGGAGUGACACGUUUCAUUCAAAAUGGAGGAUCAUAUAUAAACUACUACAUGUACCAUGGAGGAACAAACUUUGGACGAACUGCAGGAGGUCCAUUUAUCACAACUAGUUACGACUAUGAUGCUCCCAUAGAUGAAUACGGGUUGGUCCAAGAGCCUAAGUAUAGCCAUCUUAAGCAGCUUCACCAAGCAAUUAAGCAAUGUGAAUCAGCCUUAGUUUCUUCCGACGCAACCGUUACUAAACUAGGAAGGUACGGGGAGGCUCACGUGUUCUCCGCCGGUAAAGGAAGCUGUGCAGCUUUCCUAUCGAACUAUCACAUGAAUGCACCUGCAAAAGUAGUCUUCAACAAACGGCAAUAUACUCUACCUGCUUGGUCCACAAGCAUUCUUCCGGAUUGCGAAAACGUUGUUUACAACACUGCGACGGUUGUUUCAAAGACAUCAAAUGUGGAAAUGGUGCCAUCUGGCUCUGUCGUGUACUCGGUAGCUAGAUACGAUGAAGAUAUAGCUACUUAUGGAGACCGUGGAACAAUCACAGCUCUUGGAUUGUUGGACCAGAUUAAUGUCACACGAGAUACAAAUGAUUACCUUUGGUACAUAACCAGUGUGGACAUUAAGGAGUCAGAAUCGUUCUUGCGUGGAGGUAAAUUGCCGACGCUUACGGUUGAUUCUGCAGGGCAUGCUGUUCAUGUGUUUGUUAAUGGACACUUCUACGGAUCUGCCUUUGGGACAAGAGAAAACAGAAAGGUUUCGUUUAGUGCACCGGUCAAUCUUCGAGGUGGAGCUAACAGAGUCGCGCUACUAAGCGUAGCAGUUGGUUUACCGAAUGAUGGACCACAUUUUGAGACGUGGGCCACGGGAGUUGUCGGUUCUGUCGCGCUUCACGGUCUUGACGAGGGUAAUAAAGAUUUGAGUCGGCAGAAAUGGACAUAUCAGGUUGGUCUACGAGGUGAAGCGUUGAACUUGAUCUCUCCUACAGAAGCUUCCUCUGUUGACUGGAUCAAAGGCUCAUUAGCUAAGCAGAACAAACAACCUUUCACAUGGUACAAGGCCUACUUUGACUCGCCUAGCGGUAACGAGCCACUGGCGUUGGAUCUAGAGAGUAUGGGGAAAGGACAAGCUUGGAUAAACGGAGAAAGCCUAGGAAGGUACUGGACGGCUAUUGCCAAAGGAAACUGCGGGAGUUGCAACUACGCAGGGCCAUACAGGCAAGCCAAUUGCCAAUCAGGUUGUGGAGAACCAACACAAAGAUGGUACCAUGUUCCACGUUCGUGGUUGAAGCCAAGAGGGAACUUGCUAGUACUCUUUGAAGAACUUGGUGGAGAUAUAUCUAAAGUCUCUGUUGUAAAGAGAUCAUCAGUACACUAGUUCAUUACACAACAGCAUUAUCUAUCUCCGUUGUGAUCAGAACCAACUAGUUUAUAACGACAUCACUUUUUAUUAUUA